AUUACUUUUUCCAAGAGAGGCCGGAGGAGGGCUUCUCCGCUCCGGCUGGCGCCGCCGCCGCCGCCGCCUCGCGCGCCCCUGCUCCGCCGCCAUCCACCCGGGGGGCUGCUCCUCCCCGGUACCAUGUGUGACGGCGCCCUGCUGCCCCCCCUCGCCCUGCCCUUGCUGCUGCUGCUGAUCUGGGGACUGGUGGACCCGGGCACAGCUGCCGGCGGCGACGGGGCGGCCGACGUGGAGGUGGUGCUCCCGCGGCGGGUGCGCCCGGACGACGUGCACCUGCUGCCGGGGGUGCUGCUGCCGGGGGUCCCCCCGGGUCCCCGGCGGCGGCGGCGCCCCCCGCGCGCGCCCCCGGCCGCCCCUCGCCGCCCCCCGCCGCCGCCCGGCGAGCGCGCGCUGCUGCUGCACCUGCCGGCCUUCGGGCGCGACCUGUACCUGCAGCUGCGCCGCGACCUGCGCUUCCUGUCCGGCCGCUUCGAGGUGGAGGAGGCCGGCGAGGCCUGGCGCCGCGGCCGCCCCGCCGCCGAGCUCUGCUUCUACUCGGGCCGCGUGCUGGGCCACCCGGGCUCCCUGGUCUCCGUGAGCACCUGCGGCGCCGCCGGAGGCCUGGUCGGCCUCAUCCAGCUUGGGCAGGAGCAGGUGCUCCUGCAGCCCCUCAACGGCUCCCGGGGCCCGCUCGGCGGCCGAGAGCACCUGGUCCAGCGCAAAUGGCCCCCGGCUCCCGGCCCCUCCGCCCAGGCCCCGGCCCCCGGCCCGCUCUGCCAGGUCCUCACAGAAAAGAAGAAGCCGGCGGGCAAGGGCGGGCUGCCGGCGGACGGGCGGGAGCGGAGGAGCGCCAUCCGGCUCACCAGCGAGCACACGGUGGAGACCCUGGUGGUGGCCGACGCGGACAUGGUGCAGUACCACGGGGCCGAGGCCGCCCAGCGGUUCAUCCUCACCGUCAUGAACAUGGUUUACAACAUGUUCCAGCACCAGACCCUGGGGGUGAAGGUGAACAUCCAGGUCACCAAGCUGGUGCUGCUGCGACAGCGCCCUGCCAAGCUGUCCAUCGGGCACCACGGGGAGCGGUCCCUGGAGAGCUUCUGCCACUGGCAGAACGAGGAGUACGGCGGCGCCCGCUACCUCGGCAACAACCAGGUGCCCGGCGGCAGGGACGACCCGCCCCCCGUGGACGCGGCCGUGUUCGUGACCAGGACAGACUUCUGCGUGCACAAGGACGAGCCGUGUGACACCGUCGGCAUCGCUUACCUGGGAGGCGUGUGCAGCGCCAAGAGGAAGUGCGUGCUCGCCGAGGACAACGGCCUCAACCUCGCCUUCACCAUCGCCCACGAGCUGGGCCACAACUUGGGCAUGAACCAUGACGACGACCACUCGUCCUGCGCCGGCCGGUCCCACAUCAUGUCGGGCGAGUGGGUGAAAGGCCGGAACCCCAGCGACCUCUCCUGGUCCGCCUGCAGCCGAGACGACCUGGAGAACUUCCUCAAGUCGAAAGUGAGCACCUGCUUGCUGUUCACGGACCCGCGGAGCCAGCACGCCGUGCGGCUGCCCCACAAGCUGCCCGGCAUGCACUACAGCGCCAACGAGCAGUGCCAGAUCCUGUUCGGCACCAACGCCACCUUCUGCAGGAACAUGGAGCAUCUGAUGUGCGCGGGGCUGUGGUGCCUGGUGGAAGGAGACGCGUCCUGCAAGACCAAGCUGGACCCGCCCCUGGACGGCACCGAGUGCGGGGCCGACAAGUGGUGCCGCGCGGGCGAGUGCGUGAGCAAGACGCCCAUCCCCGAGCACGUGGACGGCGACUGGAGCCCCUGGGGCGCCUGGAGCAUGUGCAGCCGCACCUGCGGGACCGGAGCCCGCUUCCGGCAGCGGAAGUGCGACAACCCCCCCCCCGGGCCCGGAGGCGCGCACUGCUGGGGCGCCAGCGUGGAGCACGCCGCGUGCGAGGGCCCGCCCUGCCCCAAGGGGCUGCCCAGCUUCCGGGACCAGCAGUGCCAGACGCACGACCGGCUGAGCAGCAAGCAGAAGGGGCUGCUGGCCGCUGUGGUGGUGGACGACAAGCCGUGUGAGCUGUACUGCUCGCCCCUGGGGAAGGAGUCCCCGCUGCUGGUGGCCGACAGGGUCCUGGACGGCACGCCCUGCGGGCCCUACGAGACCGACCUCUGCGUGCACGGCAGGUGCCAGAAAAUCGGCUGUGACGGCAUCAUCGGCUCAGCGGCCAAGGAGGACCGGUGUGGCGUGUGCAGCGGCGACGGCAAGACCUGCCGCGUGGUCAAGGGCGACUUCAGCCACGCGCGGGGCACAGGCUACAUCGAGGCCGCCAUCAUCCCCGCGGGCGCUCGGCGGAUCCGUGUGGUGGAGGACAAGCCGGCCCACAGCUUCUUAGCCCUCAAGGACUCCAGCCGCCGGUCCAUCAACAGCGACUGGAAGAUCGAGCUGCCCGGGGAGUUCCAGAUCGCGGGCACCACCGUCCGCUACGUGCGCAGAGGCCUGUGGGAGAAGAUCUCGGCCAAGGGCCCGACCCAGAUCCCGCUGCAUGUGAUGGUGCUGCUGUUCCACGACCAGCACUACGGGAUCCACUACGAGUACACCAUCCCCGUGAACGCCACGGCCGAGAGCCAGAGCGAGCCCGAGAGGCCCCGGGACUCGCUGUUCCUGUGGACGCACAGCGGCUGGGAGGGGUGCAGCGCGCAGUGCGGCGGAGGGGAACGCAGGACCGUCGUGUCCUGCACGCGCAUCGUGAACAAGACCACGGCGCUGGUGAAUGACAGCGACUGCCCCCCGGCCAGCCGCCCCGAGCCCCAGGUCCGCAGGUGCAACUCACACCCAUGCCAGGCGCGGUGGGCAGCGGGCCCCUGGAGCCCCUGCUCAGCCACCUGCGAGAAGGGCUCGCAGCGGCGGGAGGUGACCUGCGUGCACCAGCUGCAGAACGGCUCGCACGUCACCACGCGGCCCCUGUACUGCCAGGGCGCCCGGCCCGCCGCCGCGCAGAGCUGUGAGGGCCAGGACUGCCUGUCCAUCUGGGAAGCGUCUGAGUGGUCUCAGUGCUCCGCCAGCUGCGGCCCCGGCACGCAGAAGCGCACGGUGACCUGCACCAACUCCCAGGGCAAGUGCGACGCGUCCACGCGGCCCCGCGCCGAGGAGCCGUGCGAGGACUACUCCGGCUGCUACGCCUGGAGGACCGGCGACUGGUCCACGUGCUCCUCCACGUGCGGGAAGGGGCUGCAGUCCCGCGUGGUGCAGUGCAUGCACAAGGUCACCGGGCGCCAUGGCAGCGAGUGCCCCGCCCUCGCCAAGCCCGCCGCCUACCGGCAGUGCCACCUGGAGGUGUGCAACGACAAGAUCAACGUGAACACCAUCACCUCGCCGCGCCUGGCCGCCCUGACCUACAAGUGCACGCGGGACCAGUGGACGGUGUACUGCCGGGUCAUCCGGGAGAAGAACCUGUGCCAGGACAUGCGGUGGUACCAGCGCUGCUGCCAGACGUGCAGGGACUUCUACGCCAGCAAGAUGCGCCGGCCGCUGCCCCCGCCCUCGCCGAGCUCAUGACAGGCGCCCCCGGUCCCGCCACACCGCCGUGCGAGGCCUCCGGUUCCUGACUCGAGGGCCCGCCGAACACACCGCCCGCCGGAGGGCACAGCGUCCUGCCGCCAGGACCCCCCGGAGCACAGCGCCCUCGUCCCAAGAACGCAGUCCCCCGGAACUCCGCGCGGACCCGACCUCUGCCCUGAGCGCUUUUAUUCUUAAUGUGUUGUUCAGAGCCACUGGAUGGCUUUCCACGGGAAAGGGGGAAAAGCAGGCCUGAACCACAGAAUCGGCACAGUCUCGAGGGUUCCCCGGACCUCCACGGGGCACCUCUGACCGCCGACAGCCGAGCCAGACAGACGUCAGGCCGCCUCCGCCUCGGCUCUCUCCCGGCGGCAGGAACCCCGGGGCAUCUGUGUCACCGGGCGGAUGGCCAGAGCGAGGCCCCGGACACCGAAUCGGGCUUUGUUCCGGGUGGAGGGGCCGAUGCCGUCCGCCCGGCGCUGAGGGCAGGUUCUCUGGACCCAGGGCCUGGCCCGGGGACGUCCCUCUGCGAGGCUGGGUCUGCGUGGACCCACUGCAGCCGCUGUGUCGGAGAGAAGAUUCCGGAAGGGUUCAGGCGUGGGGAGAUCCCACUGUCAGAUCUCUGCCGUCCGCCCAGGGAAACGGAGGACCCUCUCUCGCAGGCGCUGCGAGCAGCUCUGGGGCGGCUUCCUGGCAGACGGGGGAGCUCAGGGCAGCUUUGUCAGGGCCGUGGGGGCUUCCCUCUGCCUCCCGGAGCCCUCUGCUUCACGUCUUUGUGUUUUUGUGGGUUUUUUGGGGACUUCAUAAGCUCGGCACUGUGCGGAUGGCCUCCCGGAGCUGACCUUGGCCAUCUGUCUGAAGCGGAUUACUCCGGAGCCUCAGAGGAUCCACGCUCAGGCCCGGCCGCCUCGUCCACUACAGGCGGGUUUCCUCCAGGGGGCGCUCCGCCCAGCGGGCCGGGAUCCUUGGAGAAGAGCCGCCCGGCCGGCCGGAGCCAGGGCCCGCCGCCCGGCCACCCAGCUUCCUGCAGCGCAGACCUUGUCGCGCCGUCCCUGCGAACUGUCUUCCCCGCGGGACAAGAAGGACCCUCAGAAAAGCACGCAGAGGGUCUUCCUCGCCUGCAGUCCCCUCGCCCCUCCGGACAGGGCUGUGCCCGCUCUGGAGCCCGGGGAGGCGGCCCCUCUGAGGGCGCAGGGGAGUCCCGACAACGGGGCGCAGCAGGCGUGCAGCCAGGAUCCUCCACAGGAUCCUCCCGGGAGCUGGGGAGCUGGGACCCGGGGCCCUGCUGCCAGGAAUUCCGUUUCCCCGAGCAGCCUGGCGGCAGUCGGAUGGGUGCUCACGUUCAAGGACUUUGCCACGAGGACCCCCCCGCCGUGUCCUGGGGGUCUCCUCGGGGUGCUUCUCCUCUCACUGGUGCUGCGCCUGGGACCGGGGCUGGCGUUGUGGACGUCACGACGUUCAGGCCCACUCCGGUCACAAGGACAAACCUCACAUCCCUCUGCUCUCUCCAGCCUGCUCCCCCCGGGGAUGGGGGCCGUGGAGGGGCGUGGCCGGGGCUCGCCGCAGCCCCUCGGCCCCCGCCCCUGCCCCCCACCCCCGGGACCCGUGAGGCCAGUGGAGAAACCUCCUUCGGUGCUCAGCGCCCGGUGCUCUGCGGAGAGGAAGGACAGGAUGCCAGGGUGGCGCUGCCCGCCCUCUGAUGCCACCCCCCCUCCCCGCCAGCUCUUGUUCUUAA